AUGCCAACGAAUUUUGCUAAAAUUAAGAAGUUGGUCAAAGGUUUGGUGUUGCCGGUUGAGGAAAAAUCCGCAAAAAGAAAGGCUAACGUGCCAUAUAGUAAAAUGUUCUAUUUUCGAAUAACUCCGAGGCUACAGAGGUUGUACGCUUCGAAAGCCACUGCCCGGCAUAUGACGUGGCACGCAGACCACGAGAUGGAUGGUGAUAAGAUGUGCCACCCGUCUGACUCUUCGGCUUGGAAACGUUUUAGUGAGCUGCAUUCUGAGUUUGCCGAUGAAGUGAGAAAUAUCAGAUUAGGCUUAUGUUCCGAUGGGUUUCAGCCAUUUGCCAAUUUUGGGCAGCAGUAUUCGUCGUGGCCGGUCAUUUUGACGCCGUACAAUCUCCCCCCAGAGUUGAACCAACUGUGGGAAUGUGGAGUCCAAACAUAUGACGUUCAUAAGCGUCAGAAUUUCGAAUUAAAAGCGGCUCUUAUGUGGACAAUAAAUGACUUUCCCGCUUAUUCUAUGUUGUCUGGCUGGAGCACUGCUGGUAGAAAAGCAUGCCCGUACUGUAUGGAAAAUACGGAUUCAUUCACACUGGAAAAAAGCGAGAUUGAUAUACUGGGGUUUAAGAAGGCAUUUGAGCCUGGUGCGAAAGUUACUAAUGCAUUACUGUCAAAAGAUCAUUGGUGGAAUAAAAAAAGUAUCUUUUGGGAUUUGCCAUAUUGGAGAACAAAUGUAAUUCGUCACAAUCUCGAUGUCAUGCACAUUGAGAAAAAUGUCUUCGGUAACAUUUUCAAUACCGUUCUCAAUGUCCCCGGGAAAACAAAAGACCAUGCAAAAUCUCGUGAAGAGUUGAACAACAUCUAUGAUCGGCCAGGGUUAGCUAAUGAUCCGGCAACUGGGAGAUUUCCAAAGGCAAUGUAUGCUUUGGAUAGGGAUUCAAAACGAGUUUUGCUUGAGUGGAUUCAGAAAAUAAAGUUUCCAGACGGAUAUGCGUCAAACUUGUCUAAAUGUGUUGAUCUAAACGGGCUGAAAAUGCAUGGAAUGAAAAGUCAUGACUGUCAUGUUUUUAUGCAACGACUUCUGCCAAUCGCGCUUCGGGAGCUGCUUUCGAAAAACGUGUGGGAGCCUCUAACAGAGUUAAGUAUCUUCUUCAAGGAGUUAACUUCCAGGUCACUUUCAGAAGAAGAUCUAAACCGUAUGAAAACUGAGAUCCCAAAAAUCCUGUGCAAGUUGGAACGUAUAUUCCCGCCCAGCUUUUUUGACUCUAUGGAGCAUAUCCCCGUGCAUCUUCCGUACGAAGAUAUGAUGGCAGGACCGGUUCAGUAUCGCUGGAUGUAUCCAUUUGAAAGGUAA